CCUCGCCCGCCCCGGCCGUCGCCGCCACAGCCAAGCCCGUCACCGCCUCGGUCGCCUCGGCCCUCACCCCCACAGCCAACCCCACCUCCGCCACAGCAGCAACCCAGUCCACCGCCGCCCCGGCGGCCCCGGCGCUCCCCCUCGCCACCUCGCCAACCCAUCCAGUCUCCCCCGCCGCCACAGACCCCCUCCCAACCUAAGCCUGAGAAGCCCAGCAAGUUCUUCAAGCACAAGAAGUACAACAUUGUGGUGUCCGGCAAGAAGUACAAGUACAACGAGGCGUACAACUUCUGCCAGCAGUACGGGUACAACAUGGUGCCGUACAGCGACAAGAUUGCGUACGAGCCCACCUACCAAGAGUGCUACGCGAGCGGUCAGGGCUGCUGGGUGUGGGGGCAGCAAGGCAACUACUGCGCGUUCGUUGACCCCCGCGGAACUGGUGGGCCCUACGCGCGUGACUGCAAUGAGGAGCAGUACGUCAUCUGCUACGGACAGGGCACGCUCUUGCCCUAAAACGUAUGCCAACAGCAACCUAUCGCGGUUUGCUAUGAUAUGCCGUGAUCUUCCGUCUUUGUAGGUCGCCGUGAUUUGCCGUACCCAUGCACCAGUGUUGCGAUCUUGACAAAUUGUGACGUUCUGCAUUGCGGUUCCAUGUGAAGCUAGCGGGAACUCGCCGGGGUCUGGUUGCCUGACGCACGCCCAGCCCAGUUCAUUGGCGCUUUGAACCGGGAAUGGACAUCUCUGGAUGAUAUGUCUGUACUCUAAAACGCAC